CGGCAUGGUUCACGAAAAUACAAUGUUUUAUCAUCACAGAUGUCGGACAGGACACCCAUCAACGAAUUCUAAUACUCACUCGAGAAUAUGGAAGUAAUAUGUAAAGUCGGUUUAUGCAUGUUGUCUGAUAGUUAUGUAAUUCAUAUUGUACACAUAACAUCCGUUCUCCACCUGUUUCUCGUGAAAACUUGGACAGAGCAAGAUCAUUCCGCACAUUUUGAGCUACCAAGGAUUAUAUAGCAUAUGAAGACAAUGUGUCUUGAUCCUUUCUUCCAGUCCAGAAAUUGAAGGUGUGGGAAGAAUCCGAAUGCUCCUCCGGCAGCAGCCGUCAUCCCUUCGAUGCAAGCAGGGAGGCUCAUCUCGACUUGAAGAGCAGUUUCACUCUCGUGGCUCCUGAAAAGCCGCUCUGCUGCUGAUGGCCGACAUUGGCAUCUCUCGAGGUCUCUGCGUGAGGGAGGGCGACUCCGAGGUCUUCAAAGCUCGCCAUGUCGGAACGACGAAUGGAGGCGACACAAGACGAGCAUAGCCAUCGUCGUGUAUGAACAUCGUGGGCAUCGUUCUCCAGCCAUGAUUCAGAUGCUUUUGAUCAGGUGCUGGGAUGGACGUAGGUGGCAAAGCUCUGGUGGACGCAAAGGACUUCUUGGAUGAUGUGAAAGAACUGGUGGAAGCCAGAGGAACGAGUGAACUUCUGUCUGCCAACCUCCAGAUGGUGGUCAACAAACUGCAGGCCAGCCUCAAGGAGCUGGAGUGUCGAGAAGUAGGACGAUGGACCCACAACACUCCGCGAGACAACAGCAAAAGGGAGGCGGAGGCAAGUCCGAUGGUGCAGGAAAGUGACGAUCACACUUGGCACUGCUACAUCAGAGACAGCCGCCCUGUACCCUCGAGGACGGGACGAACGAGCUCCCCAUCCUCCAAAGGAAGGUGGAAAUGGAAGUCUGAAAAAAUCAACAUAAUCUCCAAAGCGAAGAAGACACUUUCCACGGCUUGGCGUUGACGACGAGCGAUGUCUGAUUCGUGCCGCACCUUAUUCUGGUGCUGGAGUUUUCAGUGCCCGGAUCGACACCAUUCUUUCAAUAUAUGACGCCACUCCGAUCCCCGAUUUUCAACGAGGACAACUCCUGAUCGAUCGUGGUUGUCAUUCUGGUUUCAGCGUGUUUUUUAUGCACAAUCUCUCGCACAGGCAACAAGACUCUAAUGUCAGCAGAUUUCUUCUAGUGUAGAGAAACGCAUGGUGAACUCUUCCUUCGCUGACAUGUCAGACAAAAUCAAGAAGACAUACACCCAUUAGGGUACCGAGCUCAGAUGUCCCCUUGGCCAUAUCAAUCUCCCGACAUCGACCUCGGGGACUUAGAACGCUUGAACUGAUGAAAGUAGUGGAAAUUUUAAUAAGAAAUCUACGAGUCAAUACAUAAAUGUACACUUUUCUUUGCAUCGAGAAAAUUCCGGACAAUGUCAUAAGAAUGGUUCCCUCUCAUUCAUUCUCUCUUUAAUUUGAACACUGUCGUUUGGCCAGCCGCCCGAGGGCGAGGAAUGAACCUGCGCGCCGGUCAGAUAGGAAAGGGCCACUGCCUUCCAACCACUUCGGCGAGUACACAGAAUCAUAUUCUUCCCGAUACUCACUCAUCACAUAUCGGCACUUCAAGCUCGUCGUAGUCGGCAUCUACAUGUUCGCGACGACGUCAAGAAUGGGUAGCGAAGGGUUUGUAGGUUAGAUUCCGCGCAAAGAUAUGAGCCCGGCUCCUUGUCAUUACAGGAGGUGCUGGACAUUUUUGAGGAAGGUAUCACAGGGUGAUGGUAUUCUUUCCAGGGAUGCG